GCUGCACAGACUCUACCCCACGCGCGCUGCCGGCCGGCCAUGGCUCCGCUGCGCUUCUCGGCCAACGUGUCGUGGCUGUUCCCCGAGCUCCCCGGCCUCCCCGCGCGGCUCCGGGCCGCGGGCAGUUCGGGUUUCGAGGCGGCCGAGGUCGGCUGGCCGUACGGGGAGCCGCCGGAGGCGCUGGCGCGCGCGGCGCAGGAAGUGGGGCUACAGCUCGUGCUGAUCAACACGCCCCCGGGAGACCGAGAGAAAGGGGAGAUGGGGCUGGGGGCCGUUCCCGGGAGGCAGGCGGCCUUCCGAGAUGGGCUGGAGCAGGCUGUGCUGUACGCCAAGGCUCUGGGCUGUCCCAGUCUGACCUGGAAGAUAGAUAGCACAGAAAACAAACGGAGUGAUCCAUCUGAGGACAGGUCAGUUCAAGGAGGCUGUGGGAGCAGGCAUGAGGAGAAGGGGCAUGGAAAAGAAUUUGGAAGUACAGGAGGGGCUGAGAGACCUGGGGAGAUGGGAAGCCGGCAUGAUCGGAGAGCAGCUGGAAGAGGUGCACCCAGGGGGCGAGGGAGUGAAGACUCACGCUUUGAGGAUGGACUCCACAGCCCCCUCCAGGCCCAUUUUCCCCACAGGAUUCACCUGAUGGCUGGCCGAGUGCCCCAGGGGGCUGAUCGAGCAGCAGUCAGGGGUGAAAUGGAGACAGUUUUUCUGGAGAACCUGAGGCACGCAGCUGGGGUUUUGGCUCAGGAGAACCUUGUGGGGCUGCUGGAGCCCAUCAACACCCGCAUCACGGACCCCCGGUACUUCCUGGAUACGCCCCAGCAGGCGGCAGCCAUCUUAGAGAAAGUUGGAAGACCCAACCUCCAGUUACAGAUGGACAUAUUCCACUGGCAGAUCAUGGACGGGAACCUGACAGGGAACAUCCGGGAGUUCCUGCCCUUCGUUGGGCACGUGCAGGUGGCACAGGUCCCGGGCCGGGGGGAACCCAGCAGCCCUGGAGAGCUGAACUUCCCCUAUCUGUUCCAACUGCUGGAAGAUGAAGGCUACAAAGGCUUUGUGGGCUGCGAGUACCAGCCUCGAGGAGACACGGUAGAGGGCUUGAGUUGGCUACGUUCGUACUGGGAUAAGCGGGGCUGCCCACAGGCUGGCCAGUGAGGUCCUGCGCUCCAACCACACACCUCUGGGAUGGUGAGCUGCACAUCCCGAGUUUCCUCUGAAUUAAAGACAAUCUGCUGA